UGACGUAAGCGGCCCGGAGCUGGGCGGGGCGGCUUGGGUUGGUGUCCCGGGCCAGUGCUGAAGGGAGCAGCGAUACCAAGCCGCAGUCUGUCCGACAGCACGCCAACAUGGGCAACGUCCAGCCAACAGUAGUACCAUAUCCCGAUUUCGACGUGGUCGCGGAUAUUAAAGCAAUACGCAAAGCCUGCAAGGGUCUGGGGACAGACGAAGAUUCCAUAAUCGACAUUCUGACCAACCGCUCUGCAGCUCAGCGAAUGGAAAUCAAACAAGCUUAUUUCGACAAGUACGACGAUGAGUUGGAGGAGGUCCUGAAGAAGGAGCUCUCCGGCAGCUUUGAGAAGGCCAUCAUCGCCAUGCUGGACCCUCCUCACGUCUAUGCCGCCAAGGAGCUGAGGAGGGCCAUGAAAGGGGCUGGCACAGACGAAGACGUGCUGGUUGAGAUCCUGUGCACCAGCACUAAUCAGGAUAUUCUAUGCUGUAAGGAAGCUUACUUCCAGGUGCAUGAGCGUGACCUGGAGUCGGACAUCGAAGGGGACACCAGCGGGGACGUGAGGAACCUGCUGAUGGCCCUGCUGCAGGCGAACAGGGAUGGAAGCUAUGAGGUCAAUGAGGAGCUGGCGGAGCAGGAUGCCACGGCCCUUUUCGAGGCUGGGGAAGGUCACUUUGGGACGGAUGAAUCCACCUUCAGCUACAUCCUGUCGCAGAGGAACUACCUGCAGCUUCAGGCCACUUUCAAGAUAUACGAAUCGCUCUCGGGAACAGAGAUCCUGGACGCCAUCGACAAGGAGGCAUCCGGGACCCUGAAGGACUGCUAUUUCACUCUCGUGAGGUGUGCCAAGAGCCCGCAGCUGUUCUUCGCUCGACGCCUGAACGCUGCCAUGAAGGGGGCGGGCACAGACGAGGACACCCUCAUCCGCAUCAUUGUCGGCCGCUCCGAGAUUGACCUGGAGACCAUCAAGGACAUGUAUCUGGAGAAAUAUGACGUGCCGCUGAAGGAUGCUCUGGAAUCGGAAUGCAGCGGUGACUUCAAACGGCUCCUCAUAGCCAUCCUCCAUUGAAGUCUGAUAGUGUGGCGCCCUCUAGUGGCAACCAACUCCAGGAUUCUGACUUCUAAUGCACGUGCUGCACAGACCUUUAAAACACACAUGGGUGGGAGUAGAAUCCCCCUGUUAUGUUUAAUUUUAAACAAAUAAUCCUCUUCCAUUCCUGGAAAUCCAGAUUUCAGCUUACUGUCCAAAAACUCCUUUAAAAAAACGUUACCAUUACUUUCUAUUUCCUGUCUGACUACCACUGUUGUAACACAACCUUAGUGUCACAGAACUGCACACCAUGCAUGUGUCACUAAAGGCACUCGUCCAGAUUUUCACCAGGUUAUGUCAAGUUAACGGUGUUGCACGGAGCACUCUGAUAACAAUUUCUUCACUGCCGACAUCGCCUGUCAUUUAGCAGCUACAACUGAACGGGUUUGCGUUCACGCCGACGACAUUUUCUUACCUCUUCAUCUUCAUACAUAGUGCUACGCUGCGAAAGGCAGCUCAGCACACAUUUCCUACCAGAUUUUAAACUUUGUGCCAUUUAAUUUCAGUCUAAGUAAUUAAUCUGUAGCAGCGGUGUACAUUAUAUAUGCAAUUGGGAACACUGUUAAGGCUCUUGAAACUAUGAUAAAAUAUUUCAUUAAGGCACUGUGGUAUUUAACUUCUUGUGUUUUUUUAUGUAAUUCCUCUUUACAGUGUUUUAUGCUGCAGUUUUCUGGGAUCAUAACACUGGCUUUUCUAAUGUGGUUUUCCUUGUAAUAUUUGUUUUUAUGCAAGACGUCUGAUUACCUAGGUGUAAUUUUACUAAGCUGCUAGUUAAACCGAAAUCUUACACCAGUCUGAGAGAGAGAGAGCAAUCCGCAGGGAGGCGCGCGCAUUGCGAGUUAACAAGCAUAUGUAUUGGGCCAGACUGAUUUAGUCUGUAUCGCCAAGUAUAGCCAAAGAUGUAAGGAUAUAACAGAACAAAUAAAAACCUGAUAAAAUCA